UGUCGAUGACAACGCAAAGGAUGGGACACAGGCUUCUUUCUCUGUUAGACGCGAUACCAAGGGUGUGCCACAUAUUGCAACACUGCGGGGUCUGCAUCAAGGACAAUCAAGUAUUGGACUAUAUUCAGCGCAACACCCGAUGUUAUCCUUGCACUGGCUUGGUGCGUCCAGUGAAGCGAUCUACCUUUAUCGCACCCUUCCAGUGCAUUGGAUGAUCCGUCGUCUCUCUCAUACUCCACGUCAUGAAUCUGGUCACAAGUCUCCUCUCAAGAUGGAUUCCAUACUUAACCCCUCCAGUAGCAUUCUGGGCGCCUAUUGAUUGGAAGCUGUUGAGCCGCAUAGCUGGCUUCCCAGGCAUAAAGCUCGUCAAGACUUACCGGAUAAUGGACACCGUAGCUCUGACCAGAGCUCCUUAUUUGCCGAAUCCCUGUGUCAGGCUCAAAUCUGCUCGUGGUACAAACUAGUGUAAUGGCACCCUCUUAUUACUUCUGGAUACGUGGAAUGCGAGAGGCUCCCGAUCAUAGGCCUAACACUGAUUCACGAGGACACUGGACUCCCCCCAGACCAUCUGGCGGAAACAUUUCUUCUGGGGAGGAUAGCUUGGUCUUCUACUGCGAUGGCGUCUCAUUGAAGACCGAUGGACUCCCGCGCGAUGCCAUGGAGUACAAGACUUUUUCUAUCUACUACCAUUCAGGCUACUUCUGGAUUGUGAAUUACGAUGCAAUCGAUCACCAAGUAGGUGAUGGAUUGGACAGUUACUGGGGCACCCCGAUAAGGACCAUGUCUAUCGCCCGUCACGACGGCCCUGAAACUAGUUGGCAGAUCAUGACUUUCGAACACGAUGAGACCACAUGUGCAUCAACAGCGACAUACGGAAGCGCUCACAAUCGGCUUCGCGGCCGUAGACUACACCAAAGAUGGGUCGAGAAGCUUCUGCCCGCCGGGCAUCUCCCACGCGACUAUGAUGUGCUACCCCCAGACUAUUAUGGGGGAAUGAAUGGUGACCUUCCUCUGAUUCUGGGCCUGCUUGCAUUCUCGGUCCAUGCAAACCAAGUCAAUUGGUACUUUGCGCACCACUUUGAACGUGGUUACUUCAACACAACUCAUGAAGUGUCAGAAGGCUGUAGGUACAACGGCCGUGGCAUGGUCGUCAAAGUCUGGACUUCGCCAACCAAGACCUCUACAGCCAGGCAAUUGGAUGCUUACGGGGACGGCGAAUAUGGCCUCAUUUUCGGCUGACCGGACUGAGUUUAGUUUUUGCUUGACAUAGUAGCUGGCUGACUGAAUCUUUACGUACAUGCUUCCCUGAAGUGGCCUGUCUCUGAACAUAUAUGGCGAUUUCUCGCAUCAGCAGCAACCCAUUUGUCUUUCCCUGUCUCCUUUUUUUUUAUUGCCUCGG